AUGAACUCCAAGUCGACGAAUCCGAUGGUCGCCGUCGUGGCCGGCGCCAUCGCUGGCGGUAUCGAGACGACCGCGACGUGGCCCAUGGAGAUGAUCAAGACCAACCUUCAACUCGGCACGAUGAAGACACACUACGCCAACAUGCUCGGCGGCUUCCGGUACCAUGUUGCAACGGACGGCGUGGGGUCGCUCUACCGCGGCCUCUUACCCGUCGUCGUCGGGUCGCUGCCCAAGGCAGGCAUCCGCUUUGGCGCGUACGACUACCUCAAGCGCCAGUUUGCCGAUGCCAACGGCACGACCAAUGCGUUCGGGAACCUUGCCGCAGGCAUGCUCGCGGGCUCGAUCGAAGCGACAGUGGCCACAACACCGAUCGAGACGCUGAAGACCAAGCUCAUUGACGCCAACGCCGGCAUGCUCCACGGCGUGCGCCGCAUCCUCGCCGAAGAAGGCGCGCGCGGCCUCUACCAAGGCCUCACAGCUACGAUCUUGAAGCAGGCGAGCAACCAAGGUCUCCGAUUCAUGUGGUUUUCGGAAUACAAAGUGCGCGUCCCCGGCUUUCUUGAGCAGCGCGGCGUCGUGUACAGUGAGCUCUCGGAGGCCAAGCUGGCCGCCGUGAGCAUGGUCGGCGGUAUGUCGGCUGGUAUCUUUAGCACCUUUGGCAACAACCCUUUCGAUGUUCUCAAGACCAAAAUGCAAGGGCUGCACGGUGCUCAGUAUGCGAGCACGUGGGAUUGCGCCAAGCACAUUGUUCGAACUGAAGGUUUGAAAGGCUUCUACGCUGGCACGAUUCCUCGUCUCGGCCGCGUCAUUCCCGGUCAAGGCAUUAUUUUUAUGAGUUACGACUCGAUUAGCCGUCUCGUGUCGUCGUAUCUCGAGACGCACGAGCCGUCCCUUCACGUCCACCGUGUUCUCGCGGACGCCAAAGCGUAG